AUGUUUGCCCUUCCUUCCUCGUUAAAGAUUUUUGGUACUCUGCGAAACAGAACAGAGCGUUUAAUGAAUUUCGGUAUGAUGGGAUGCACAGGAUCCAUAUUAUACUUAUUUUAGCCCGAAAUAUGUUUAUUCAAGUUGAAGAAACGCCGAAUCCGAUGACUCUAAAGUUCCUACCCGGCCAGAAAAUCUUGAAUGAGCCCAGAACAUAUGAUUUUACUUCCAUCUCUUCGGCGAAAGCCAGUCCUUUAGCCUUGUAAGUGGAAUGAUUGUGUGUAAUGUGGUAUUGUUAGACAAUUGCUCCGAGUUCAUGGAGUAAAGGCAGUUUUCUUUGGAGAAGAUUUUGUUACAGUCACCAAGACGAGCGAGGAUGAAGAAUGGGCUUUAAUAAAGCCAGACGUCUUCGCGACUCUUAUGGAUUAUCUUCAGAGUGGAAGACCGGUAAUCGCGGACGAAGCAGCAAAUAAAAUCACGGAUACCAGUGAGGGAAAAAGGUCAAAUAACACUUGUUUCAGCCAUCCUCGAUACUGAUGAUGAUACCGUAGCCAUGAUCAAGGAGUUAUUGGAGAGCAGAAUAAAACCGAUGGUCCAAGAAGAUGGAGGAGAUGUCAUCUUUAAGGGCUUUAAUGAUGGAGUUGUCAAAUUGAAGUUACAAGUAAUGUAUCAUUAAGUAAUAACAGUGGUUUUAAGGGAUCUUGCACUGGUUGUCCAAGCUCUGCGGUCACAUUAAAGUCUGGGAUCAAGAAUAUGAUGCAAUUUUAUGUUCCAGAGGUACAAGAUGUGAUCGAAGUGAAGGAUGAAAGCGAUGAUGUUGUGGAAAAACAUUUCGAAAAAGUCGACGCCGGGAUUAAAAAGUUAAACUAA